UGCGGCGUGUGCAUCAGCAGCAGCAGCAGCUUGCCUAAGCAGACGGCGGCCCGCGCCUCCCGGUCGCAUCUACCGUUUUCCUCCCUUCAUUUCCAUUCUUCGUCUCUUCCCCUUUUUUCGCGCACCCCUUUCUACCCUGCAGACGGUUCGGAGAGAUGUCCGCCAGACCCGGCUUUUACCGGCAGGAGCUUAACAAGACUGUGUGGGAGGUUCCGGAACGAUACCAGAACCUGACGCCGGUGGGCUCAGGAGCCUACGGAUCUGUGUGUUCGGCGUAUGAUGUGGUCUCAAGGCAGAAGGUUGCCGUGAAGAAACUGUCCCGGCCUUUUCAGUCUCUGAUCCACAGCCGCCGCUCGUACCGGGAACUCAGGCUGCUCAAGCACAUGAAACAUGAGAAUGUAAUAGGGCUGCUGGACGUCUUCACACCUGCUGCAACAUUAGAAGACUUCAAUGAGCUCUACCUGGUGACUAACCUGAUGGGUGCAGACCUCAAUAACAUCGUCAAAUUUCAGAGGUUGUCAGACGAGCACGUGCAGUUCUUAAUUUACCAGCUCCUCCGCGGCCUCAAGUACAUCCAUUCAGCGGGAUUGAUCCACCGAGACCUCAAGCCGAGUAAUGUGGCGGUAAAUGAGGACUGCGAGCUGAGGAUCCUUGACUUUGGAUUGGCCAGACAGACAGAUGACGAGAUGACAGGGUAUGUGGCGACUCGCUGGUAUCGAGCGCCGGAGAUCAUGCUGAACUGGAUGCACUACAAUCAGAACGUUGAUAUUUGGUCAGUGGGAUGCAUUAUGGGAGAGCUUCUGAAGGGAAAAGUCCUUUUUCCUGGCUCUGAUUAUAUUGACCAGCUGAAGAGAAUCAUGGAGGUGGUUGGGACUCCGACACCUGACUUGUUAAAGAAGAUCUGCUCUGAACAUGCACAGAAGUACAUCCAGUCUCUGCCCUUCAUGCCUCAGCAGGACCUGGAAAAGAUCUUUAGAGGAGCAAAUCCACUAGCCGUUGAUCUAUUGAAGCGUAUGCUGGUUCUGGACUGCGAUGGGAGGAUCUCGGCCAGCGAGGCUCUGUCACACCCUUACUUCUCACAGUACCACGAUCCAGAUGACGAGCCAGAGGCCCCGCCUUACGAUCAAACACUGGAGAGCAAAGACCGAACUCUAGAGGAAUGGAAAGAGUUGGUUUUCGAAGAGGUGAACAGCUUCAAAGAAUCCGGCAGCAAGACCGAUAGCCUUCAGGUGGAGCAGUAAGACUCCCUCUGCUCUACCUACACCUGGAAAAGGACCGCGAACUCAGUGAGUGGGAGAAGGACUGUGGCCAGGAAACGCUGCAUUGCCCCUGCUUCAGUGUGACUGUGUUCGAUUACCUGUCAUGAGUGUGUUUGAGCAGCAGGGUAGGACGGUCUCCACAGGAUCAGAUGCGCACAUUACAAUUUACAGGGAGCAUUUUAGAUUAAGAUAGAAGGAUCUCUCCAGUGCAGAAAGUUGCUUCCUCUUAUGUUUCCACUCGGCAAGGGUAAAAAUGAAGAACUCAACUACGUCAGGCAUCACAGGACGUGAGGACUCAUAUGAGGGAGUAACUUUAAGGAACUGAACUGUGUUAACAGACUGAUAGAAGGGUAUCGAAGGAAGAAAAAACGUACACUAGGAUUUCCAAAGCUACAGCAGGAAAACCAUCUGGUCCCUCAUCAUGACAAAUCCCAUGAGCAGUCACUGCUUACAUAUAAUGGAAUUCAUGUUUAAAGGCUUGCAGCAAUGCCACGUCAUGUCACAGAACAGCUUUAGCCUGCAUACUACUGCAUGAUUUUUGUGCAUUUUAUUAUUACAGCAUAUUACUGGUACUGUACUAUAACCAUUAAGACUGCUUAUUGCACCUGCCACACUGGUAUUAAACCGGUCUGAGGGUCAGAGAGAGGCAUUACCAGGAACGUGACCAACUUUCAACCUAGCUAUCCUUUCCGCGCAGUAAAAAAUAUAUUACAAAAGCAAACAAAAAAACUGCUCUUCUUUCUCAGAUGAAAACCAUCCGUCUCCUGUUUACAGAAUAGUAAACACCAACUGUGCUAUUAAUUAGCAAGGUAAUAGAUAUAUGCCAAAGCUGGAAGAAAAUGACCGUGCUGCAGGUCUGUGUUUACAGUGAGACCUCACUUCUCAUAUACAGUUUCCGCUGAUGGCUGAUUUCUGAUCACCUGUUGGCUUCGGCGCCACGCCAUCAGGUUUCCAUAGUUCUCUGCUGUGUCUUAUGCAGCCAUGGUUUGUGUUUACAAUAAUUAAGAUUACAGGCAUUUUGUAAACUGUUAGAAACAGUUUCCACAAUGUGUGUAACAGCACUGGACCUGUAGCUCCGUCCAAACAAUGACUGGUCAAACACUGCGACUGAUGAUUCGCAUUAAGCAGCCAUAUUUGGCUGUUGGUGGCAACCAGUGAGCUCACCAGUGAUCUGUCAUGUUUCUGCAGCUUCUUUUCAGUUUUCAGUUCGAAAUGCCUGAGUAUUAUAAAGGAAUCUAUCCAGAUUGUACACAUUCAUUAGUGACCACAGUAUUCAAGCAUUGGGAUGUUUACCUCAUGCGUGAGUAUUUCAAUGUUGCUGCAGUUCUUUGCUUAGUGCAACAUUAUUUUGCCCACAAUCAUAUCGGGAACAGGUGACAUUUGUAUAAGUAGCAUGAGCUCAAUGCUAUACAGAUUAUUACAACAAAUUGCUGAUUUCCUCACUGACAUUGUGUCAUUCAACUUGCAGCAGACUGGAGUUUUAGUUCCAUAAACUUUUUUGUUGAGGUAGAAAUAAUCUGGUUGUGUUAAACGACACUGCACAGAGCCAAAAGACCAAAUGUUUUAUGACUAAAUAGUGAACGUCUGAAAAUGUCAAGGGGUAAAGAGGAGUUCUUUGAAUAAGAAUGGAAAAAAAAUACAGUCUGGCAUGAGUCUUAUCAUGCAUCUUUAGUGUAGUGUGUAGUGUGUAGUUAACAUCUGAUCAUGUUCAAAUCUAUUUAAGAUCACACAUUAGAAAUAUCUACCCAUUUAUAAAAGACCAGUUCCUCAAACCACUUUCAAUGUGGAGCUUUUUGUGAUGCCAAAUUAAUGCAUCAAACUGCAUACUUAAACUGUCAGCUGCUGAUAAGAAUAGUACGAAAAUACUACCUAAAGUGUGGAUGAUAGAAAAUGUCUUUUGAGGUUUAAGUAGAUGCAGAUAUGAGAUGAACAAAUGGAGUGGUCAUUAACCGAUGCAAGUAGACAUUGUAGGAGAUAAAAGUGUUAUAAAUCAUAAACAGAUAUAAAUCCAAUUUAUAUUUGGCUGCCCCAGAUGUAUUCUAAACAUAAUCUGUGUACUAUGUUGAUACAAGUUGGAUAUGGAUGUUUUCUAGGUUUGUUUUUUAUCCUAAAUGACCUCUAAUGUCAAGGAGCAGCAGAAGUAGCCCUUACGUUAGCAAGCCUAGUAAGCUAGGUUGAAUUAAAUUUUUAAUACUAAUGUACUUGUAUAACAACAGUGUGGAGUACCAUGGUUGGCACUCAAGCUUGAGGUUCACUUUGCUGCAGAUAUGAGAUGAACAACAGACUAAUAAGUCAAUUUAAUGGAAUUUCACAAAUACCAGUCAGAUACCAGGGCAGUGCUAAAAAGCUCAGACAGCUCAUGAAUAAUUCUUUAUAUGACUGCUCCAGACACACCCUUAAUCUGUAUACUGCUGUAAAGCAGUGUUCAAGGUUAACUGAUCUUGUAAUGAAAAGUAGCAACACUGGUAGCUGUUUAGGUUAGCUAAAUAGCUAGCUAGCUCCGAUUUUAACCUAGUUAGUUGAAAUUAGUUGUAUGUGUGGGUAUAUAGUUUGGUGUGUUCAAAGUCUGUGCUGUCUGAAUUCAAGUUGGGUACUAAUGGCAGGUGUAAACAGGGUUAAUUAUUUAGGUUAGUUUGCCUAACUGACCUUUUAAUGCCAAGUAGCAGCACAAACAGCUCUAUUUAAUGUGUAUUUUGGUUUGUCACUCUAUCGUCGUGGAUGGAAAACUGUUUGACUCAGUGAAAUUAGAUUAUUUCUACCUCAAAGAAACAUUAGUACAACUAAACAUCAAUUUACCAUUUUGAAAUAAUUUUUACAAAAUACAAGAAAGGAAACAUAAUCUGAACUAUUUUUUUCUGUAAUGGUUCACAAUGGAGUGGUACAUGUAGCCUUUUGUGCAAGUUUGUCCAUUAACACUGGAUGCAAAAUGUCAAAGUGUGUUAGAGCUCUGAAUGUUAAAGUGUUACUUGCUUAUGUGGAUGUUGUACACGUGGUGUGGAUUUGAAUAUCAAACUGCAAACCGAAUGUAUAUGUAUACUGUAUGUAUGUAUGUUUCCAGUUAAAGGUGUCUUUUGAAUACAUGGUGGCAUGUGAUUCCGCUGUAGCCACGAGUUACAAAUCACUAAGCUGAAUGACAGCUCUUGAUUUUCAAAUGAUUCAGAUGAUUUUUGCAUUCAUCAUCAACGGGUAACAUGACUUGGCAAGUCUUGGCUUCAACAGAAUAAACACCAUCAUUUCUGUU